AUGAAUCCAACUCAUUUCAGGACGCCGCCGCGGACGCAGCAAGGAGGACUUCCUCUUGUAGAUGAGGGCUUCUCACAGGACGCUUUCUCUCCGUGCUGUUCAGCCGUCUCGGACACGACUUCCCUGGCAGCAGAGUUGAUGUCAAAGGACAUUACACAAUCUUUGCAGUCGGUGGCCUACAUCUCAAUGGCACUGGAAAGUCAUGCCGACGAGGAUUGCUCUCAAACCAGUCAAGCUGUUUCCCUGCGGAUAGGGCAAAAGCUGACUGCUGAGAUUGGGAAUACGUUCUUGGCACAAUUCCAAAGUGAUGCUGCUGCCAGUGCUGCCAGGAGUGCUGAUGGCGCAGCUGCCCCAGAGGUAGAGGCAGAAGCCAUUGCUGGAAUUGUGCAGGAAGCUGCAAAAUUCGCUGUCCCCAGCGAAGCGGCACAUGCUGCAGAACCCUCCGAGGUUACCUCUGAGGGUGCUGUCACCAAGGAGAUUGUGCCUAUUGUGGCUAGCCCAGAGGAAACUUCAAGAGUCAGAACACCUUCAUUGGAAUUAGGGCAUCAGCUUGCCACUGAGAUGUUGCUGCUGGCUUGCUCCAGUGCCGUGAGCUUGCCUUCUACUGCAAGGUCGGUGGCCACUUCUGAUCAGGUGUUUCCAAAGGCAGAUAUCGAUGAAGUGAACAUGCUGACUAGGGCCAUAGCAGCGGAUGCGAUAGCGGACGAUGCCAGUGCUCAUACGGUGGAUGUCUUGACAGAUGUAUCUGAUCAGCCAGGGCAGUUGGCACAAUCUACCUCUCCCAGGGAGGCGUCUGCGCCGUCUGCGCGUCAAAGACCGGAAGACCUGGAAGUUGCUGAGGGAAAGGAAGUCAGAGCACCCAGGACUAUCCGCAGAGAUUCGACACUGACGAUUCCUAGUCCAAAUGCAAGGGAUGCAGAAGUGAUGCACAGCAAUGAGGUGCAACUCCAGGAUGAUGUGGCUGUCGAUGAUUUGGCAACGACAGACUCUAUUCCGUUUGGCAUCAUGAUCACGGACGCGGAGACCCGCAAGAGCAUAGUUCUACUUGAAGCGCCGAUUCUAGAUCCACCCCCUGCGAGGCAGGAGAACGAGUGUGAGACCGAGUCAGAAGAGAAUGUGGAGGCUCCCACAGUUCUACCCGAUCUUAAGGAUACCGUGGAGGAGGCAAUCUGGUCAGCUGUGCUUGAAGAAGUACAGCGAGAUGCAGAGGCCUCCAAAGAAGCUUCUCUUGUGGCGUCAGAGGCUCGCUUGAAUUUGCCCGCUAUCAUGGGGACCGUCGAGGAAGCAAUUUGGUCUGCUGUGCUUGAUGAAAUUCAGCAGGAUGCCGAGGCCGAAAAAGAAGCUUCCCUAGUUACAUCGGAGGGCCAAUCCUUUCCUGAGCAGUCAGCGGCCGACCAUCAGCAGGAUAGCGACGGCGAUGAUCAAGAUGAUUUGGAUGAUUUGGUGCCUACGAACUCUGUUCCCUUUGGCAUCAUGAUCACGGAUGCGGAGACCCGGAAGAGCAUAGUUCUGCUUGAACCGCCGCAGGAGAACGAGUGUGAGACCGAGUCAGAAGAGAAUGUGGAGGCUCCCACAGUUCUACCCGAUCUUAAGGAUACCGUGGAGGAGGCAAUCUGGUCAGCUGUGCUUGAAGAAGUACAGCGAGAUGCAGAGACCUACAAAGAAGCCUCUCUGGUCACCUCAGAGGGCCAUGGCGGCCAUGCAUUCGUGGAGCCCAACAGUCUCGAGGUGCCGACCAGGUUCCCUUCGCGUUCCCCAACGGAGGUGACGAUUCUGCCGGUGGUGGAGACCGCAAAGACCAUGGAUGAAUUGCUUGAUGAGAUCAACGUGCUGCAAGCUUCGCUCACAUAUAGUGAUGAAUUACCCGCUGAUCCUGAGAUGGAGGCGGACAAGAACUCCACGCAGCAUGUCUUGGGAGUGUCUCUCAGUCAGCCCUUCUCAGACCUUAUCAGCUCUGGGCCUCAAGCUGAACGCGAUAUGGUGGUUGUGAAAGAGUAUGCUGUCGCGCAAGGGCUUGAUAGGACUCCUACAUCUUUGCCAGAGGCAAGUCCUCAGGAUGCCUUCGAGCAGACUCUUGCAGAGGCGCUCAUCGAUGCAGCGGUGAUUAAGGAAUGCAUCCUGCAUGGGGAGCAGGCGAAGCUGGAGAGUUCAGAGGUGCUUUCAGCCGGAGAGGCUGGAGACAAUGCCUCCGAUGCUCCUACACUAUCACCUGAGAUUGCGCAAGAUGAGGAGAAUGAGCGUGCCGAGGAGCAGUUGGCUCUCCACAUGUCUUUGAAGGAAGCGCUGCAAGAUAAAGCCUCUGAGGCUGGCACGGUGACGGUGGAGGAGGCCAGAGAGCUGGAGGAAGAGCGUGUGGAACAAACAUUAAUCCUGACCAGCUCCUUGAACCAGCCACUAGAGAAGUUGCUUGGUGCGGAUGCUCAAGCUGCAAGUGCGGAGAAGGCCGCUGAUGAUGAUGACUUGAGCCACACGCUGGCAAAGGCAUUGCUGGACUCGGCGGCGCAUGAAACAGAUCUGGAUGGAGUAGAGGCGCGCAGCAGCUCGCAGAUCUACACACCGGAGGAGAUAGCUUCCCGCGCACAGCCAAUCACCGAGGCAGAGGUGGAUCUCCUGCUCGACAAUUCCAAGAAGAGGCCAUCGCGCACUGGUUCAGAGGCUCCAACAGUAUCUCCAGAGAUGGCACAGGAGGAAGAAGAACGUUUCGAGCAGCAGCGUUUGCUUCAGAAUUCUCUCAGAGAUGCUCUCAAUGUCGAUAUUCAUUUGGAUGCUGAGGCAACGGUCUUGGAUGAGUUCGGGGAGAACCUGGCCAAGGAGUUGCUGCAUGUGGCAAUUCUUCUGGAUGCGGAGUCCAAUGAGGCAAAUCGCGUGAGCUCCGAAGUCCUUUCAGCAUCAGAGGCUGCAUCAGAGGCUCCGACUGUCUCGCCAGAAGUGGCGAGGGAAGACGAAGAACGAAUGGAUCACGAGCGAAUGCUGCAGAGUUCUCUCAAAGAGGCCCUGAGAGAAGCUGACAGCGGGAAACCGCAAGCUGCCUCUACCUACAUCUCAAACUGUUCCAUGCCAGAGGCACUGGCAAGUGAAAGCGUGGGACUGAAGGUUGCCCAGGAAUUGCUUGACUCUGCGCUGGAGCAUGAACAGAAAGAGCAGGCAAAGCGAAACAGCUCAGAGGUAUUAUCGGCUACGCAGGUGGAAACUUUGGAAACUGCAGAUGGACCCACUCGACAAGCUUCAGAGGCCGCGACUGUCUCGCCAGAAGUGGCGAGGGAAGACGAAGAACGAAUGGAUCAAGAGCGCCUGUUGCAAAGUUCCCUCAAAGAGGCUGUGGACACCGAUUCCACAAAGGAGGACGCCCAGGCAACAGCCAUGGCCAAGUUUGGAGCACUGGCUGAGGAAUUGCUUGAUGCGGCCAUGGAGGAGAUCAAGAGGAAACAGGAGGCGCAGUCACAGGUGCAGGUUCCAGAGCGGCUUGCAACUCCCAGCAUCGUCUCAGAGCGAUCCUCAUGUGAGGCAGCUGUUGUGGAAGCCUUUGGGCUGAAGCUUGCACAGGACUUGCUGGAUGAGGCAUCAUUCCUUGAGAAGCAGGAAGUAGAAGCAUCCCAGGUGAUCACGGAGAAUGAGGUCUCCAGACCCCCGUCCGAGGUCACUAUCGUACCCGGACUUGCACAGAAAACAAGGGGUGAAUUGAUGGAUGAGAUAGACAUCCUUGCAUCAUCCUUGACUUUGGCCAAUCAGAGGGAGCAGGAGGUUGAUGACAGACCUUCCAGCAGUCAAUCCGAUCGUGAUCCAAGCCGCAUUUCUGUUUUGACAACUGGCUCAACGGCAGCGAUGGAGGAGCUUGUUCACUUGCUGGUUGUGAACUCAUUGCCCGAGAAGACAGAUGUGCAGCAAUCGGCCAGCAAUGUGCACACCGAGGGCAGUGAACUGAUGGCCCCUACCGUGCAACCAGUGGAAGUUGCGGUCCGGCCUGCUUCUGCAGGCUUGGCAUCCAGUGUGUCUGCUUCAGAGGAGGGUUCCUAUGGCCUUCAGAUGGCACAGGAUGCAGUGCACACAGCUUGCGACGCGAUUACCGCGCUCAAGUCAGAUUCAGCGGGCAAGGAGGCGGAACAAGAAGCAGGUGCAGAGAGCGCUGAAGAUGCUCUGAUUGCCCAUGCAGCCGAGGAAGUGCUGGUGGCAGCACAGUCUGCAGCAUUAGCAGCUGAAACAGCCUCAGUCCUCCACUCCGAGGUUGGAAGCUUUGACUGCGAAGUCCUCCCAGUCAUUCCCAUAUUGGAGACUCCUGAGGCACCUUCAGAGAUAGAAACUGAACGAACCAAACCAAGUGAGGAGGAUCCAAACAUGAAGGAAUUCGUCCACCGAGUAGUGGAUGAUGUGUUGGAGCAUCCGUCUCCAGAAGGAUCCCUGCAGGAGACCGCCUCCCAGGAUAGAAGUGAGGUGCAAACCGACAGAACCGACAGGUCACUGGCAAUCGCUGGACCGGAGAGCAUUUGUUCUGCAGGCUCAGAAGAAGCGGCACUGCUUCAGGCAGCUGUUGGAGCCGAUCUGAGCGAGGGCAUUGAUUUGGCCGAGACGGCCCCAUCUGGAGUCGUCUCUGCUCGGACUGCAGCAAGUUUGGAGGAGCGCAUUGUUGCAGAAGUGGCAGGGGACUUGCUUCCUGAGCAAAACCAAGCUGCACUUCUUGUGCUGGUAAAAGAACUGCAGCGCAGACCACUCCAGAACCCAGAGGUUGAACUGCACCUCUUGAGCGCUCCUGCAACCUUUGCAGCUCAUGGUGCUGAGCCAAGCGCUGCAGACACAGUUCCGGCCGAUGAGACGCCUGUUGAGGCCGAAGACCUUGCGCUGGAGACGGCGCCAGGACCCGGACCACCUCCACGCUUCACAGCUUUGAAGGCUGAGUCGGAUGGCGGAGCGCAGCCAACUUCAGUUCCGGGCAAGCCAGCAGUGCCGGACUUUAUCUAUGCCAAUGCAUCGACAAAAGCUGAGGCUCUGGCUUCAGACGUUGCCAAGGAGAUCGACACAGAGGACCUGCUGGCCAUUGCAUCGGAGGCUCUGGCAUUGGACGUCAUUGCCCAGGAAAUACACUUGGAGGCCUGGCGGGAGAUGGGGAUGCUUCUCCGUCGUCUCCGAACACGCCUUCUCUUGGGGGGACCGUCUCAGAGUUGA